AUGGCUGGCGUUUCAGGACCUGCCUUAGCCGCAGCGGUUGCCAGGGCUGGAGGACUGGGGCUCCUCGGCGCUGCGAGAUACACCGAGGCACAACUUCGCAAGGAGUUUGGAGAUGCUCAGCAGUUGGCGAAGGGCAAAGGGGCGGUUGGCAUCGGCCUGAUGGCCUUCACAAACACACAGCUCCUGGCUACUGCAAUCGACCUCAAUCCCCACACCAUCUGGUUGUCCUUUGGGGAUGUGGCGCCAAUGGCAGCCCAAGUGAAGGCGGCAGGCAUCAAGCUCAUGAUCCAGGUGCAGAGCGUGGAGCAGGCUGUGCGCGCUGUGUCCCUGGGAGCAGAUGCUAUCGUCGCGCAGGGCACGGAGAGCGGGGGUCACGGCGCGAGCCCCACAGGGACCUUCUGUUUUGUGCCAGAGGUAGUGGAUGCAGUGGCAGGGAUCGCUGCGGAGACCGGCGCGCCUCCGGUGCCUGUUUUGGCUGCCGGGGGCGUUGCAGAUGGCCGGCAGGUAGCUGCUGCGCUGGCGCUGGGGGCAUCAGGAGCAGUGCUUGGCACGGUACUGGUUGCCACUGAGGAGAGCAUGUUCCCAGCUGCAUGGAAGGAGCGCUAUGUGGCUUCGUCGGCGGACGACACGGCUAGGACGGUGCUGUUUGACGCGCUCGGCCCCAUCGAGUGGCCGCGCGGCAUCGACGGCCGCGCGCUGAGAAACCGAUUCACCGACGCCAACCAAGAGCAGCUGCUGGGCAAAGCGAGUGUUCACCGCUGCACCUUCCCUGACUACAUCCUUGAAAAUUCUUACUGUGUCAAGAAGCAGGAGAGGGCGGACGAGAGGGAACGCAUGCAGGCGGAGCUGGACAGCGGCCGGGCGGAAGCCGAUCCGGAAGUUGCCCCGCUGUGGUGCGGCGCCGGUGUGGGGCUUAUUCACAGCAUUCCCCCGGCAGAAACCCUGGUCAGGGGGAUUGUGGCGGACGCGGCGGCCACUGUAGCAAAGCUGCACAGCUUGGUGGAGUCCUGAUUGCGGCGUGCUUCCUUGAUACAGCUUGCGCAAGUGCUAGUUCACUUGCAUGCGCACUAGAGGUUUUGGUUUUGCCAUGUAUGUGUUGCAGGAUUGAGUAAUAAUACGGCUUGGGCAAGUGCUAGUUCACUUGCAUGCGCACUGGGGAGUGUUAACAACGUUGGUUUGCCAUGUACGUGUUGCAGGAAUGAUUGAAGGACGUCUGAUGUCCAGAUCCAACCUAUAUCAGAUUGCCCCUUUUUGGGGUCAGAUCAGGGAUUUUCAGAACAUUUGGACGUGCGCCUUGGGUUGCGGCAUGUGCAUAAGGGGAUAGGAGGCUGACAAAUGCAUGCGGAAUUAUGUGUCAUGCAUGUGAUCUGUGAUCAUAUGAUCUGCUGGUUUCAAGUUAUCCUCACUGGUAUCAUGAGUGAUAGCGCUAGUCAGCGCUUUUUAUAAAUGUGACGUAAAUGUGGUUAUACCCGAGUUUGGUGGGUCUGCACUUUGUGAUGUCUGUUUGCUUGGCGCUUUACACCCGAUAUGGUACAUUACUGGGUUCGUUAAAGACAUAUGGGAUACAACUUCGGCAGCUGCAUCAUGCAGCACUGUCUUCAUACGGUAAGAAGAACGCCAAUUUUUAUGCAUACAUAUAGAGGCAUCUCUGCCCAAUCUUCUCGUGAUACUCCACAGCAUCUGGACCUGCUCGAAUUCGAAGCUCUCACUUUCAAACUAUCUCUCGUAUUUUCUUCUCUGUACUGGCUUAUUCAACCAGCUGGCCUGAUCACAUCAAGGACCCAAGCUAUCCACUUCUCCAAUUGGUAUCCUCAAAGCACAACCCAACAGCUUGGGCACACGACCUUCGUUGUUGAGCACUGCGUGCUUCACAAUCAUCGCCUCUCCUAAAUCUUGGAACACCCGGUUGCAUACUGUACACCAGCAUCCAGAACCUUCGCAGCCUCUUGCCGGCAUGCAAGCAGUUUCUAUGCUUCCUUACAUACAUUCCACAGAUUGGCACAACUUUGCCUAUUUUGCCGCUGCGGCAGAUCUUCAGAAGAAGCGGCCGGAGGGCUGGAAAACCUGGUGCCCAGCGCGGCGUUUAGCGCGCGUGGAAAAGCGGGGGGACCGGGCGCCACCGCUGCCCUUGGGCUCCCCCUUGGUGGCCGCCAGGCGGACCUCCCGGCUGUGAUCCCUCAGCUCCGCGCGCCUG